GGCUUAUCCGCUGUGGGAAAUCCAAACUCGCGCGAACCCAUCUCGUCAAUAUAGGCGCGCAUUGACGUAAACAAGAGAGAGAGAGGGUUUUUUUUUUCUCUUACAGCCACACUCAACACCAACAUGGGAGGCGUUCUGGGGCUGCUCUCCGCCGCAAGCUGGGUGCCGUGCCUUUGCAGCAGUGCCCCAUGCCUGCUGUGCGCGUGCUGCCCCAGCGGCAACAACUCCACCAUCACCCGCCUCGUCUAUGCCAUGCUCCUUCUGCUUGGAACUGCUGUCGCCUGCAUUAUGCUUUCGCCAGGUGUGGAAGUGCGCCUAAAGCAGAUCCCCGGCUUCUGCGAGGGAGGCAUGGGCACACAGGUGCCUGGGGUGCAUGGCUACGUGAACUGUGAUGUGCUGGUUGGGUUCAAGGCCGUGUACCGCGUGUGCUUUGGGAUGGCCAUGUUCUUCCUGCUCUUUUGUCUCAUCACCGUGGGUGUGCGGUCCAGCCGUGACCCACGUGCUCCACUGCACAAUGGGUUCUGGUUUUUCAAGUUUGCUGCAAUGGUGGCCAUCACAGUUGGCGCGUUCUAUAUUCCAGAAGGGUCUUUCACUUCUGUGUGGUUCUACAUGGGAAUGUCCGGAGCCUUCUGCUUCAUCCUUAUCCAGCUUGUACUGCUCAUUGACUUUGCCCACUCGUGGAACGAGUCAUGGGUGGAACGAAUGGAGGAGGGCAAUUCACGGUGUUGGUAUGCAGCUUUGCUGUCGGUGACUGGAAUCAACUACAUGCUAUCUCUCACUGCCAUCGUGCUCUUCUACAUUUUCUACACGACGAGCGAUGCCUGCGCAAUGAACAAAUUCUUCAUCAGCUUUAACCUGAUCCUGUGCAUCAUUGCCUCCACCGUCUCCAUCCUCCCUCGCGUCCAGGAAGUCCAGCCACGUUCUGGCCUCCUGCAGUCGUCGAUCAUCACUCUCUACACCAUGUACCUCACCUGGUCGGCCAUGACUAAUGAGCCUGAGCGGAAGUGCAACCCCAGCCUGCUCAACUUCCUUCAGCAGAGCCUGGUGCCCGUCUCGACCAACGGUUCCGUUACACCCACGGCCCCCGCGCCAACCGCGCAGUGGUGGGAUGCCCAGAGCAUUGUGGGGCUGGCCAUUUACUUGCUGUGCAUCCUCUACUCCAGCAUCCGCACGUCCAACAACAGCCAGGUGAGCAAGUUGACGCUGUCGAGCGGCGACGCCACGCUCAUCGAUGACGCGAGUUCGGGGAGCUCAGCCGAGGACGGGAGGGAGGGCGGCGGCGCUGGCUCACGCCGCGCCUUGGACAACGAACGGGACGGAGUGCAGUAUAGCUACUCCUUCUUCCACUUCAUGCUCUUCCUCGCCUCGCUCUACAUCAUGAUGACGCUCACCAACUGGUACAGCCCUGACUCAGACUUCAAGACUCUGACGAGCAAGUGGCCGGCGGUGUGGGUGAAGGUCUGUUCGAGCUGGGUGUGUCUCUCCCUCUACAUCUGGACUCUCGUAGCUCCCCUGGUGCUCUCCAAUCGCGACUUUGACUGACCGCCGCCUCCCUUAGUUUGAGACAUUAAGCUCACCUAGGAUGCAGUCACCGUUAAUAUCAAUAUUAAUGUUUCCCGUUAUCGUUUUAGUCUUGCAUUGGUUUCCCUACAAGAGGUUGCUUUGUGACGAACUGAGAUCGGGAUGGCAAUUUGUCAACAAAUUGACGAGUGUUAACGUACGAUAGAUGAAUUUUGCUUUUGCAGUUGAUGGAUGCCACAUUUACAUAAUCAUGAGUUUACAGGAGCAUAUGUUAUCUUCGAUUAAAUAACUCCCAUUUGAUUAUAACACAAACUAUAGGUAACGCGAUACUCCGUUAAUGAUAAUACUUAACGAAUUUAUUUUACGCACAUUGACUAUUGUAGCACGUUCUUAUAGUUAAGCACUGCAGGUAGUAAAGCUUGACAAAUAUGAAGCAAGUUACGUGGUAGAGCUGCAACAAUUAUGCAGUUGGAGAGACUGUAUUAAUGCACGGGAGGCUAUCGCAAACACAUUACACUAUUUACGUAACAGAUGAAGGCAAGAGCCUCUUGAGUUGUGUUAGUAAAUUUAUGCACAAAUUCUGUGAGUGAUAUACAUCAGAAUGAUUGAUCUUUGUAAUGAAAAAAAUAUUAUCAUACAAGAUUUAUUGGAACUCCCUCUGGGGAAAUGGGUCAAAGUUCAACACUGUAGCACUAUUAAUUUAAGUGAUGUUUAACUGGUGUGGUGGAAUGAGUUAAGGUGGAUGUGGAAUAUGGUGAGUGGGUGGUAGGAUUGAUAGCUAAGCUUGAUGUCUUGGAAGAAUUUAGCUGAAAAUGAUAAAAAAAACACUUUUAAAGAGGUAAUUGGGAAGACAGAAUGAACUGCAAAAUGUGCUGUUAUGAAUUAUUGUGACAGACAAGACUUGGGCAGGAAACAUGAAAACAUUUAUUUAACAAUUGGAAAACGAAUUUUUAAAUGUUACCACCAUCGUGAUAUUAUUAAUUGGAUUCGUUAACAUUUUGUAAUUACCUAAAUACGUUUUAGUGAUUUAUUACUCAUACAUGACUAAUGUCAAAAGAACAUGCAGAUUAUGGAAAGACUGUGAUAGCUGCUUGAUCUAUGAAUCAGAUCCUGCUGUGUGAUCUAUGAAUCAGAUCCUGCUUGGUUUGCACACUAAAAUAGUCCAACUUGAAUCCCUUGAUAAGGAUGGGGGGAGAAAAUGUCAAAUAAAUGCAAUGUCUCAAGCUAUAAGGGAAGAUAAUGUAUGGUAACUCAUAGGCAUAUAAACACAGACCAUGGCGUGCCGGUGUCCAGCACAGAGAACACUCUUUACUCGUAGCCAUAAGUCCAAUUAUUCUGCAUGGCAUAAAGAACAAAAUAAUAAGUACACAAAUGUGUAUGUGGUAGGUGUCGGUCCAUUUAGGUCCAGAGCAGAUUUCUGGCAUAGAGGUGGCUUCGGCAUGUGAAGAAACACAGCAGAGGUUGCAUUUAAAAUGUGGGCAACGUGUGUCAUGCUUGUUGAUGCUGCUGCACAGCCAUCAAGCUACACUUACAUGGAUUUGAUGUGCAAUUUCACGGCCUAAAUAGUGCGACAGAGGCGUGCAACUUACAAAAAAAGUUAAGCAGUCAUCACUGAAUAUUUUAGCUUCUGUUAAGGUGUGUAGUUUGUUCCACGAUUUCUUAAAAUGUUUUGUGCUCGUGGUUUUCACUGCAAGUUUUGUUUCAGGUACGCUCGAGGAAUUGGUUUAACGUCGGGAUUACGGAGUUUGUGGAAACUUAACGGGUGCACAUUCAAACUGCUCCUUUGCUAGCAGCGUGUAUUGUCAUUUUAUUGAAGCAGCUAUUCUAAAACUAGGGCAACCGGUUUUUGCUUUUUCAGGGCAUUUUACACAAUUCUAUUCCAUGCCCCUAAUUUAUUGUGCCAUUUUAUAAGUUCCCUGUUGCUGACCAUAUGUAUAUAUGUACGGAACUGGUUGCAAACUGAAGUACACCGCAAAUGUUUUGACUUGAGGAAUAUUAUUUGCAUAUUCUGUCGAUAGUGGUGUCAACAGGUUUGGCCAUGAUGCCAUCUUGAAUAUUCUCUCUUGUAAGCCUGAAUAGUGGAGUCUAUUCGACACAAUUUCAUCACUGCUGCUUUAUUAAAUACAUUCGUUGUGUUAAUUUAAACAUUUUCCUAAAUAGUUCUGAUCAUGUACUGUUAGUCAUGACUAACAUUUAAUUACAUUUUGAAUAGCUUGUGGUUUUGUUUUAGAAUUUGACUUCUUUGUGGAUGUAAAAUUAAUCCUGUAGAAAAAAAAUCAGUAAUUGUGUAAUUGCUAUUACUUCCCAAUUAGGCAUGCAUGGAAAAAUCAAAUACCGGAUGCAAUUGUGCUUGUAGUACUGUAAAAUGAAUAGUUUGGCUUCACUAAUAUUUGUAAAUUGCUUAAAACUGUGAUAUAAUUAUAGGUAGACAAUUGUUAUAUGGAUGUUGCCGAGAUUUUCGAUCAAGUUGAAACAGUGUUGACGAGAUGUUUACCAUAAUAAUAAUGUAGCAGCUUGUGUGAACAGUGCUGUGCUUUUAAUGGUAAUGGGAGUGUUGGUUGUGAUGUGUUUAGAGUGUACUGGUUGGACAUAUGUUGUGUCACGUGUACGGACCUCUGUCGCCUCACGGUAGGUAUAAGUAGCACUGAUAAAAAUCGUGUUCGGAUGUAAUUUCUGCUUCAUGCAUGCACUCUAUUUAACAAUAGCACCAGUAUUAGAUGUGUUGCCCCGGUAUGUACUGUAUUUGCUCAGUAAACAGUAAAAUAUUCAAAACACAA